AUGUGCGGAUACCGAACCAUCAAGUACACUUUGUUCGUCUUCUGCUACGCCUUCUGGGUUGUGAGUGCUGUGCUCAUAGCGGUGGGGAUCUACGCCAAGAUCGCCAAGGAGAACGAUGUGGUUGACACCCUGACAAUAGAUCCAGCUCUGCUGUUGAUCGUCGUCGGCUCGAUGAUGUUUCUCAUCACCUUCCUUGGAUGUUACGGAGCGCUGCGUAACGCCACCUGCCUGCUGAAGACGUUUCUGGGGAUCGUGGCGGCCGUCCUCAUCCUGCAGAUCGCUGCUGGAGUCGUGGGGUACCUCUUCACAGACAUGGUGAUGGAGAGAACAGAAAGGCUGAUGAUGAAGGCCAUCAUCCGCUACAGGGAGGACCAGGACCUGGAGAACGCCAUUGACUUUAUCCAGAAAAAGUUUCAGUGCUGUGGCGUUGAGAGUUACAAGGACUGGUCCCACAAUGUCUACUUUGAGUGUUUAGACACCAACCCUAGUCUGGAGGCCUGUGGAGUUCCCUUCUCCUGCUGCGUUCACCUACAGAACCAGACGGUGCUGAACACCAUGUGUGGUUAUGGGAUGCAGCAUUUGGAGGAGCGUAUGGCUGGUAAGAACGUCUUCACCAUCGGCUGCCUGGAGAAGAUCAUCUGGUGGGCCAAAAACCACCUGCUGCUGGUGGCUGGUCUGACUGCCGGCCUGCUGCUGCUCGAGGUCGGCAUGAUCUGCCUGGCUGCCGUUCAGAUCUCCAGGAUAAAGAGAACUCAACCAAAAACCCAAGGAAAUGCAACUAGAGGCAAAAGGGAGAGAAAGGACAGCUACUGGACUCCUGCGUUUGCAGAAGAUCUGCUGGAGAACUGA